AUGCCCUUUUCAGGAGCAUGGUGCAAAGUCUGGAUUUAUUUCGGGUUCGUGUUUGCAUGGACAAAGGGGGCUCGUCCGCGUUUUGAUACUUCCACGGACAUGGGAUUAGUCUUGAUCCCGGCGGAUGCAGAAAUAGACUCAGUCAUUUUCCGGCUGCGCGCGACUGACCAAGAUGCCGAUUUUCCACUAGUUUUCGAGAUAACCGGUAAUCCCUAUUUAACUGUUGUAAGGAUCGACAAUCUGCCCUGCACGUUGUACAACAAAGUGUGCCAGGCUAAUGUGAUUCUAACGAAACGACUAGUUCCUGGACGCCUUCACGAUUUCGCUGUGAGGGUUAGGGACACGAAGGGUGACUCUAACUCGAUGCAAGCCACUAUUUCUGUUACAAACGCCACCACACCGCGUGAUAAAAUAUUCCCGCACAUACCCUCCCUCAUAAUGGUGCCUGAGGACACUAAACCUGGCAAAGAAUUAGAUUAUCUUCUUGUGAGAGCCAAUUCGUGGAGCGGAAAACCUGUUUAUAUUGAACUUUGGCAACCAAAAGAACUGUUUACCAUAAGGCAGCGACAAACCCCCACACAAACACGAGGAGUGAUUACAUUAAUUGGGGAAUUAGAUUUUGAAACGCAGUCCGUGUACACACUCACCAUGUAUGCCACGGAUCCGUACACAGAACCUGGAAAGGACACUAGAAACAUUGCUGGUUUGAACGUAGUCGUGAUAGUCACAGACGUUCAAGAUGUUCCUCCAAUUUUCACGUUAGCGCCACCUCUCACAAGGAUUAACAAUUCUGUACAGCCCGGCGAUAUAGUGCUACGAGUACACGCAGAAGACGGGGAUAAAGGAGUUCCACGUGAAGUCGUGUACGGUCUCGUGUCAGAGGGCAAUCCUUUUACACCAUUUUUUAACAUUUCGGAAACAAGCGGUGAGAUCAUUCUUGCCAGACCUCUGGAGGAGCUGACACAAAUUACACACGUCGGUGCACCAGUAGUGCUCACUGUAGUUGCUGAGGAACUGAGAAGAAGCAGAGACGAACCACCGGCUCAAGCGACGGUUGUCGAUGUUGGGUUUCUUCUCGGAGAGCCAGGAAACACUCCGCCAUAUUUCGAAAGUGAUAAUUAUGUUGCAACGAUCGAUGAAAAUCUGGAGCCCGGUACUGUGAUCAAUUUCGGUGAACAAUACACGACCAGGGUCAAAGACGAAGACAUUGGAAAAGCUGGGGUAUUCGCGUUGAAAUUGGAAAAUAAUAAUGGCACCUUCGAGAUAAAUCCCACGGUUGCAGAAAGAACUGCCGACUUCAUCGUUAUCGUUCGAGAUAAUACCCUUAUCGAUUACGAAUUGUAUAAAACUUUAAGUUUUAAGAUUGUUGCUCAAGAAGUUGGCCCCGCGACAAAUUUAUCCACAUCAGUACCAGUUACAAUAUUUUUGAAAGAUGUUAAUGACAAUCCGCCGGUGUUCGACCAAAAAAUAUACGAAGUAACGCUGUCUGAAAAUGUCACUGUAGGAUCACGCGUGAUACAGGUACACGCGACAGACAUAGACACCGGGAUUUACGGCGACAUCCGUUACACCGGUGUAACGGGUGAAGGGAGUAAAGCUUUCAACAUAAAUCCUGAUACAGGAUUGGUUACUGUCGCCAUGGGAUCUUCCUUGGAUCGUGAAAUCGCGGCAAAGCUUGAAUUAUCCGUUGAAGCUCGGGACUAUAACGGUACCGGGAACAUCGGAGUUACUCCUUUAAUAGUUAAUCUACUCGAUGUCAACGAUAAUCCGCCUAUAUUUGAAAAGGACGUCUAUGAAUUUAUGUUAAAUUCAGAUUUAACGAACUUCACUUCACCAGCUUUCUUAAAGGCAAUCGACAACGACGCAGAACCACCAAAUAAUAUAGUUAGAUAUGAAAUAAUUCACGGGAAUUACGAGAAUAAAUUCUAUUUAAACGAAACCAGCGGUGAAUUAAUUCUUCGACCGCCGAUAACGAAAAUUAGACGAAAGAAACAAAACACUUAUGAUACUUUCGGCAAGAAAACUGGAGAGGGGUUUGUUAAUAAUCAAGGAAGACCUCCUGAGGAUAUAUUAAAAGGAUAUAAUGAUAUGAUUGAAAAUGAAUCGACGAUGAACGCUCGAAAUAAAACUAUUUCCACAUUAAUGGAUAAAGCGGUUGUAAUGAAAUUAAUAAGUGGACGACGCAAACGUGAUCAAGACAAUGCACUAUACACUCUCACUGCUAGAGCAUAUGACUUAGGUAUUCCACACCUUUCAAGUGUAACCGAAAUUCGAAUCAUCAGCGGUACAGCAAUGGAAGCUCGAAUAAUGAUGUUCGUGGUGCCCGGUGAACAGCCAAAUUCGACAAAGACCGCUGAAACUUUGGCGACCAUCACCGGUGGUCGUGUUACCGUGUUGGAAACUCGUCCCUACAUUCAACCGAACCUCACCGGUAGCACGUCUCUACCUGGAGGAGGCAAAAAAACCAUUGUUAUAGCACGUGUCGAGCAAACGGAACCAGGCACGCCGUUAGUAGAUGUGGAAAAAAUUAUAGAAACAGUAGCUGCAUAUGGCGUGAGGAUUAUCAAUGGCACAGACAAUGUUACAACAAUUCAUGACACGAUUACACCCAUUAAUGAAAGUCCUAAUGUUAAUAAUGUUCAAGAAACAACCAUUAUUAAUAAUACUGUUACGAACGUACAUAACGAAGAGGUGACGGUGUAUAAAGCGGAAAACAAAUUAUUGUUCUGGCUCUUAAUCAUUUUGGGCUUGCUUAUGCUUUUGGCCAUCGCCAUAUUGAUUAUUUGCUGCAUUUGUCCUGGUUGUCCAUUUUACAUGGCACCUAGAAAAAGGCGAGUGCAUUCUUCAGAAACGUUAAUCGUCAGACCGGAUGGAAGACCGAAAAGGCAUCUUCAUCGUCAACCACCUGCAAUGGCGGAAGUAUCAUGGAAUGGAAGGAAGCAAGCAUGGAGCGCGGACCCAACCAGAAGAAACUGGCAGUUCAAUAAGCGGAAUGUAAAAAAUUGUUCCCUUCCUGGUGAUGUCGCUUAUAUUUCUGGCCCACCGAAUGAUAUUCAAAUGAACCAUGAGGCUCACAGAUUAAGAGACGCUAGUUCCUACGAUCAUUUGAGAAAAAUUCGAAUGGACGAGCAGGACAGAAUGUACAUUGAAGAAAUGGAGGGACAGAAGCAAAGGGGUUACGACAUGCCUGAGAUAGAUUCUCUGCAGAGACACGAAAUGGAGAGAGAAUCAGACACGCAACGUCAAGGAUACAGACAAAGAUACACAGAAACCGCCAUGAACGGAGAAGCAAUCAGGGAGCAACACUUCUACCGUGAAGGGAACGCUGAGGUCCUGAGGCUAGUUACCAGAGGCCAAGUCGAAGACACAUCAGCGAGCCACGUCCACCGUCAUCACCACGUUCCCACGACGUUAAUCGUCGAUGGAAAAGACAUAAUCUUACAAAGAUUCAUAGAGGACCAGAAAUCUAGACCAGAGAUGACGAUGCAGGACAUCGAAGCAGCUCGCAUGAUGGAAUCUCAUCAGCGACCCAAGGACAUAUAUCAACCGCCACAGCCACCAGAAAUAAUUUUAAUACCAGACCGCCUCGAAAUGGGUCACAGGCAACACAUCGAAGAAAUAGGUCCCAACGUGCAAAGACUAGUCAUUGAUCACGGAGACUACGAAUCCCAAAAGACAGACAAAGGCUCUCAAAUAGGCGAGUCCUUGAGAAAAGACAAAGAAGGUUUAAGCAGCGAAGUGUUAGGUCCUGAGAUGCCAUCAAUGCUAACUAAGGAACAGAUGCAACAAAGUAAAUCCCAAUAUUCCUUCAGCGACUUAGAGCUAGCUAGACAAAAGGCACUGCUAGCUCGAUUGCUCUUAAAAGGGGACAACCGUCACUUAGAUGGCGGAAUAAUAGACUCAGCGAGUUACUUAGAGACUCAAAGUCUCCCUGGACAAGUAGCAAUCGCCACGCAGACCGACAGAACAACUGCCACUCAAACGGACCGCCACGUUAGAAGCAGAAGCGAUAACGACGAGUCCGACGAAGACUCUAGACACAGGAAAAAAUUAAAGUCAAGGAAAAAGUACGGCGAUGGAGACUGGAAAAGAGCCCAAACGCUGUGGAUGAAGUCACCGAUCGACGAGAAAAGUAGUCCCUGCUUCGACAAGCGAUUGAGCAUUCUACAAAGAAAAGUAAAGGAAGUGAAGGAGGACAGAAAAAUUUCGUUGGAGCCCGACGUGCUGAGAGAAAUCUCCGAUUCCCUAAACGGGAACGGUAGCUCGUACAAGGGCGAAGAGGACAAAUCGCUGCAGGCGUAUCGGAAAUCGACGGAGCAGUCGAGCGUCAGCUACAAAGUGUUAAACGAAACGGAAAACGAUUCCUCGUCUUCCAUAGAGCCGCGGAAGAAGAAGCGCGAGAGAGCUUUCGGGGAGAAAAGCUGCGAAGAUCUAAGUGACGAUCAGAAGCUGAACGGCACGGAAUCAACUUCGUCGCCGGAUAUGAAAUUGAAACACGACAAAAGUGAAAGAAUAGCUGCGAAGAGUCCCAAAAAGGAAUCAAAGUCGCAUUCUCAGAAGAAGGAUUCAACGAAGCCGAGUUUUAGGAUUCUUGAGAAGGAAUUCACGAUGCUGACUAAAAAGUUUAGUAAGUUAGGCGAAAAGAAGUUUCAGGAGACCGGCAGUGACAGUACUAGUCAAGAAAAAUCGGAAACAAAGAGAGAUCAAGGGCAGAAAGGAUCUAAGAAAGCUGAAGCUUCGAGCUCUCAGAAAGGAGAAAUGGCGUCCAACGUGUCGAAGACGGAGCAAAAGGCGAAGCAAAAGAAGGAGACUGCUAUUGCCAAGACUAAACAGAAACUGAGGUAUCAGCAGUCGAACGUUAUGAGCACGGGGAGUUCGGAGUACGACGAUCUGUUUGAGAAGAACAAGAAGCAAGGGAAAACACGUCAGGAGUCGGUGAAACAGAAACAAACUCUCGCUGGUCAUGCGAAAGUGAAACGUCAACCGAAUGUUGGUAGGCAAGAGGUGAAGAAGCAAAUGGCUGAGGCUCAUGAAGAGGAUAUUGAAAAACGGAAAGAAGUUAGUGUGAAAGAGACUAUAAAAACUGAAUCGAAAGAGAAAACUGGGAAGACUGUUACUAGAGCACCGAAACUUAAUAUUCUGCAUCGUAAAGAUCGCGUUGUUGAAGAAUCGAGUUAUAGUACAGCCUCUGAUCAAAUGGACAGUAGAAAGGAGAAAGUUAAUCUGUCGAGUAUUGACAAAAAAAGUACUACAGACUCUUCAGGAACGGAUUCGAAGGUAAAGACUAAUGAGAAAAGAUCGAUUGUGGAAAAAGUGCUUCAGAGGUUUAGCGAUGAUUUCGUUGAACAGAAAGUAGAAAGCGUGAAACUGCAAACGAGUGAAAAAGAGGACAAAAAAGAGAAAACUGUGAAGGAUAUAGGGCGAAAGGGGAUUGUUCAUGAGAAACGUGUCAGCCCUGAGAAGAAGUUAGUGAAAAAUGGAUCAGUAGCAGCGAAACCUUUGGCUGAGAAAUGGAUAACAGCGGAAGAGGAAGUAACUACAAAGGUGAUGAAAGAUUCUGAGGCUCUUCAAGAUGCUGUGUACGAAUUAAUAAAAACGUCUGUUGGUCCCGAUAUUCAAGGGAAAAAGGCGAAAUUGAAAGAAAGUACUGUUGCAGGAGAUUUAAAAUUUGAGAAAGGUAUGAUGCCAUUUCAUGCGGAAUCAGUAGUGACAGAGAAGCCAAGAGAAUACGAGGAAGAACAUGAAAAAUUAGCUGAUAUUGCGAGCACUGUGAAAGUGAGUAAGAAAAAUGGAGUGCAAGAUGAUGAACGAGAAAGUAAAAUAGGUGAGAGUGAAAAAAGUAUCAUACCGGUUGUUAUGGAUGUAUUGCUAGUGAAUGCGAGUAAAGAGAAAUUAUUAGAAGAAUUAGAUCAUAAACAUGUUGAAGAAAAAGAGAAAAAGGAGCCGAAGGAAGUUAAGAUAAAAGAUGAAGUGAUGGGAAAGCAUAAACAGGAACAAAAAAAAGAUGAAAUGGUAGAAAAACAUAAGGAGGAACAAAAGAAAGAUGAAAUGAUAGAAAAGUACAAGGAGAAACAAGAAAAGGAUGAAGUAACAGAAAAAUUUAAACAGGAAAGAAGAAAAGAUGGAGGAAUAGAAGAAUGCAAAGACGUACAAAAGAAAGAUGAAGUAAUAGAGAAACACAAAGAUGAACAAAAGAAAGAUGAAGUAAUAGAGAAACACAAAGAUGAACAAAAGAAAGACGAUGUAAUAGAGAAACACAAAGAUGAACAAAAGAAAGACGAUGUAAUAGAGAAACACAAAGAUGAACAAAAGAAAGACGAUGUAAUAGAGAAACACAAAGAUGAACAAAAGAAAGAUGAAAAAGAAAAAAAAAGAAUUUCUCCGGAAAAAAAAGAAAUGCAAGUAUUAGAUAGUGAUGACAGACUAAUUUUAGAAACAAAACAAAGUACUGAAGACAAGCCUGAAAUAGAGGAAUUAAAAAUAGAUAAAUCGUCAGAAAUACCGGGUUCUAGUAAAAUUGACUUAACAAAAGAUAUUAAAGAAACAACUGCGGCAUUUCCAAAAGAUAAAUCUUCAGAUGAUGAAAAAAAAAGUUUAAAAAAGGAUUUUAUACAUAAAGCAGAAGAUAUUAUGAAAGAAUCUGAAUUGUUAGGAUUUCCUGAACAUAUAAAAGAGGAAAUCAAAUAUCCAAAAAUUGAAAUUAAUGAUAAUAGUAAGAAAAUUGAAAAGAUAGAUCUAGCAGAAGAUCCAAUAAAAAAUCAUAAGAGGGAAGAUAAGACUCUUUUAGACGAAGCAAAACCUACUGAAACUGAAAGACAAGAUGAUAAAACAGAUGACCAAAUUAAAAGCGAUUUCCCAGAGAAAGAGACUAUAGUGGACGAAGUAAAAGGAUCAAUUGCCGAAGUAACCAGUGGCAUUCAUUUAAUUGGUAUAGAAGCUACUGCUCCAAACACAGAAGAUGUACUUGAACAAAGAAAGGAAUCUUCUGAAGGUAUCGAAUCGUACGAUACCAAAAUAAGUGAUACAGAAGGUAAAUCUACAACAAUAGAACAAACCGUUGAGGAAAAAGCCGAAUCUACUGCAGAAACAAAAGUCAAGGAUGAAGUUAUUAAAGAGGAAAGCAUUGUUCCACACAAAGAAGAAGAAAUUAUUUCUAGCCCAAUAAGUCAAAGUAAAGAGGAAGGAAGUGCUUUUUUAGACAAGGAAGCAGCUUCUGAUAAAAAGGAAGAAGCUGCUUCAGAAAAGAUAGAGAUUGACGACCUCAAAAUUAGUGAACAAGAAAAAAUUAUUUCCGAUGAGGAUAAAGAGCAAUAUCUGAAAGCAAAGAAGGCAGAAGAUACGAAAGAAAGUGAAGAAUAUGAACAAAUUGGAGAAGACAAAGACAUUUUUAAAAGUAAAGCAGAAGCUUCUCCAAUGAAAGACCAAGCAAUUAUCGAAAAAGUGCAAGUUAACGACGAAAUUAGUCAAAAAGACGGUAAUGUGGGAGAUAUUUCAGCAAUUAAAGAAGAUGAAUUCACCAGUGAAGAUAAAAUUGAUCGUCCGAAAACAGAAGAUACCACUUUAAGGAUAUCCUGUGUCAGGGAAGAAAGCAAAGAAGAAGAAAGACAGAAAGAAGAUUUUUUGGAACCCCUUGUAAUUGAAGAACACGGUGUAAAAAAGGAUGAAGUUCUCAUAGAAGAGCUUCCAUCUCCUGAAAUCACUUCUGAAGACAGUGUUAAAAAAGAAGUACCACCAGAGAAACUGGAAGAUAAGUUAAGCGAAUCGGAAAGUGUUUUUUUACAAGUGCCUGCAGUGGUUCAUUUAUUCGACAAUAAUUUAGCGAGCAAAGUAGAAUCACCCACUGACAGUAUUGGAAAAGAAUCUAAAAUAACUGAAUCUCCGGUUCACUUUGACAAAGAUACAAUGGAAAAGAAAAAUCUUACUACUGAUGUUCAAAUUGUUGAUCAUAGGGAAGUCCCAAGUAUCGACAAACCCUUUCAUUCCGAAGUACUCAAACUGCUAAAACAAGCGGAGGACGAACGAAUCACGAAAGCCAUCGAAGAAAAAAUCGAAACAGAUAAACCUCCUGCACCAGAGGAUAAGGAAACAAAAAGUAUACCAACAGAAUCAAUCGAAAUAAAAACUACAGAAAAACACGAGGAAAGUAAAAGCACUGAUGAAAGAUUAGAAGAAUCAUCUAUCGAUAAGAUAGCAUCGACAAUUGAAACAGAAGAAACCGAAGAUCGAGGGAAUGUAUCGGAGCAGCAAAUAGGACUGGUCUCGGAGACACUCGAAGAAACUGCGGAACUCGAGGAGCCGCACAACGUGAGAGGAGACAGGAAACUAGCAGAAACUAACGCAAAGAAAGAUGAGCGGGACGGAUUUCCAAGCGGCGGCUCUCACGGCAUUGAACUGUUUCAAACUUCCACGGCGACGUCCGAGGGGACAACGGAAGGGAAGUUAGCGUUAGAUUUCAUUACACCGGAAACUCCAAUAGAUUCUACGAAAAUAUCCGAACCAGAAAAGCAGUCGCAAUCCGAGUACGAACAAAUUGAAUCACCGAGAGCAGGGCGUUCCGAGGAAUCAAGUUCUGCUUUGGCGGAAGAGAGCAUGGAGCCGUUUCCGGGCGACGAAAACGGGAAGCGAGAAGCGCCGACGGUUUCUGAGGACGGAGUCGGCGAACAACGUUCAGCGGAUGAAACGAGAACUUUGGAUGAAAAAGAUACGACUGGAGAAGGGAGAACGGAUGUUAUUGCCGGCGAGGAAUGCACAGACGUAAGCCUGCCACUUUUUACCGAAAUAAUGCAAACGGCGGACGAUUUAGAUGACAGUGACUCAUCGAGUGAUAUUUCCAGGAAGACCACGUUGACCACUAGACCCUACCAGACGCCGAGACAUCGCAGCCGACAGUCGCCGGAAAGAGAAAAUAUUCAAAUGUCGGGGAGCGCUGAAGCGCAAAAUUUCGAGGACGAUGACAUGUUGCUGACGAUAGAGUUGGUGAAAGGAGAUGAUCUAAAAUCUCCGAGUGAAGCUGCGAAGGAUGAAGACACUGGAACGGAUUUGAAAGCGCAGACAUCGAUCAGACUCGAAGAAACAAUGGACAUGGGAAACGAGUAUGCUAGGAAAGAAGAACGCACGAUGUCCACUUCAGAAUUCGAUGAAGAAUCAUCAACCACCUUGAGGAAUAUGAAAGACAUCAAGGAAGAAUCUUCCAUGAAAGAAUUAGAUGAAACAUACGUUGAGCCGUUAGCACUGCCCAAAGGUACCAAGUCAAACGCUUCAAAGCCUACCGAAAAAAAAGGCAAGGUGUCAGAGAAAAGAAGACUUCCGCCACAAAGAAAGAAAAAGAGUUCUUCCGAAGAAUCAUCCGAAGAGAAAGCUCUUCAUCUGCACGAGCAAGCUGUCCAAGCUCGUUACAAGCCUCGUAGGAAGUUCGAAAGCGAUCAGGCGAAACAGAAGUACGAUCGGUCGAAGCCUAGGAAGACGGACGAGGAGCAACAAGCAAAACCAAGGAUCGACAAGAAGACAGACAAGCAUCCGACGCUGUCGAAGGGCAGCGAAAUUGACACAAGCAAGACGCAACCGAAGUAUAUGGCUUGGUACAAAAAGAAUCGCGAGGAGAUGGAGAGAAGAAGAGCCGAGCUGAAGGCGUCAGAUGACGAGAGUCAGCUACCUAGGUGGCUGAGAAGGAGCAUGCGAAGUCAGAAGGCUGAUAAGGAGGAGAAGAAAAAAUUAGAAAAAUCGGAGCAUCCGGCAGCGACCUCGCGAGCUAAACGGAAGGUUAAACCGCUAGUGAACGUCGAAUCGGAGCAAUUGAAGGCGAUCGUUCGGCAAGGAAGAAAGCUGAGGAAAGCAGAGGGAGGGAGGAACCAGGAUCCACCUGUUCAGAUAUUUGCAGCGGCGCCGCCUGCAGCGACCGACGCCAAACACCACCUGGUGCAGCACUCUGAGUAUAAAUACGAGAAAUUGCCGACGCCAUUUUACCUUCAUCCACCACCUGCUCCUCACCCGUCACCACAAUUGUCCCCGGAACAUUUCGAAGUUCAAGUACCGGUGCAACACAGCGAAGAGUUUGACUCCGCGAUCGCGAUACCGUUGCAAGGUGGAGCCAGAUUAAGGCAUCAACAGCUUUUGGAGAAGAAAAGCGUCUUUGAUAUAGCGUACAGCGAGGCCGCGCCAUCGCAGCUACGGGCUGAUAGCACUACUCCGCCGUCUUAA